CCUAACUGAAGUUGUAACCCACUUUUUCAGCCAGGUGAUAGAUCCACGCUGACUCCGGCGGAAGGAUACGCGUGUUGUUUCUUCACUUUCAGUGACUUCAGUGACUGCUUAGCGGACGGAGGCGAGACUCUUCAAGUGCCGUAUGUGACGCGCUGAAGUUAAUUUUGUGUUGAUUUUAAGUGUUUAUAAUUUAUCAGCUUGAUGCCCACAUGUAGAGUGUGACUAAAAUGCUGUAAUUUUGGCACUACAUGUAGUUUUCCCCCCGUCUUUUUGUGCGCGAGCUGUUUUCAGAGAGACUUUUUAAGAACUUAACGUCCCGGGAGACAGCUCAACGUUGGGCUGGCGACCUUAUGUGGAUUUUACAGAAAAAAUGGAGCAGAUACCCGGUUUAUCCUCGGGAAAAUCACUAAUCAUUGUCUUCUGCUUCAUUCAGCUCUCUCUGGGUCUACAGUGUGUGGAUGAUAAGAAGCCUUGUGUUAACAAUGCAACAUGUCUGACCUUUAACAAUGGAACUGGACACUGCAGGUGUGCUCCAGGCUUCCUGGGUGAGUACUGCCACCAUAAGGACCCCUGUCAACCUGGUUACUGUCUCAAUGGAGGGAACUGCUCCGUGUCCAUGUCAGCGGGUGUACCUGUGCCAGGCAGUCCCACCUGCACCUGCCCACUCGGAUUCACAGGACAACAUUGUCAGACUCCACAGAACUCAACAUGCUACCCAAAAAACCCAUGCGCCAACCGUGGGGUCUGCAUCCUGCUUUCUCUGGACAAGUACAAGUGUCAGUGUGCCAGAGGAUGGACGGGACCGCGGUGUGAACGAGAGGACAGCUGUCUGUCUAGUCCCUGUGCCAAUGGCGGCACAUGCAGCUCUCUGUCUGGUGGUAGCUACAAAUGUACCUGUCCUUCCGGCUACACAGGUCCUCGAUGCCUUAAUGACACAAAUGAAUGUGCUGCCACACCCUCAAUAUGCCAGAAUGACGGCAUGUGCAUCAACACCCCUGGCUCCUACAAGUGUGUCUGCACUCCGGGGUUUACGGGCCGGCAUUGUGAAAGCUCAUACAUCCCUUGUUCACCGUCACCAUGCCUUAACGGAGGCACCUGUCACCAGAACUCUGAAACCAGCUACUCAUGCCACUGCCUGCCGGGAUUUAAUGGGACUAACUGUGAGAACAACAUUGAUGACUGCCCAGGCCAUCAGUGUGCCAAUGGGGGAACCUGUAUGGACGGAGUCAACACCUACAACUGUCAGUGUCCUCCAGAGUGGACUGGUCAGCACUGCACAGAGGACGUGGAUGAGUGUCGUCUGCAGCCAAACACUUGCCAGAAUGGAGGAACGUGCAGCAACCUUUUUGGCAGCUAUGUGUGUGUGUGUGUCAAUGGCUGGAGUGGACCUGACUGCUCUGAGAACAUUGACGACUGUGCUACUGCUGCAUGCAGCCAAGGCUCCACAUGCAUCGACCGUGUAGCAUCUUUUAUCUGUCUCUGCCCUCAUGGAAAGACUGGUUUGCUGUGCCACAGAGAUGACGCCUGUAUCAGUAACCCAUGUAGAGAGGGCUCUCAUUGUGACACCAACCCCAUCAGUGGCAUGUUCAACUGUAACUGUCCUUCUGGAUAUGUAGGCAGUACCUGCAACAUCGACAGAGAUGAGUGCAGCAUUGGCACCAACCCUUGUGAGCACGGUGGUCAGUGUGUGAACACUGAUGGCUCCUUCACUUGUAACUGCGUUCGUGGUUAUGCCGGCCCACGUUGUGAACAGGAUGUCAAUGAGUGUGCCUCAAACCCCUGCCAGAACGAUGGCACUUGUCUGGAUCGGAUAGGGGACUACACCUGCAUCUGCAUGCCUGGAUUUGAGGGGACUCACUGUGAGAUUGACCAGAAUGAGUGUCUCAGCUCACCCUGUCUGAACCAGGGUAGAUGUCUGGACCAGGUUAGCCGCUUUGUCUGCGAGUGCCCAGCAGGUUUUGCUGGUGAAAUGUGCCAGAUCGACAUUGACGAGUGUUCGAGUACACCUUGUUUAAAUGGGGCCAAAUGUAUUGAUCGGCCCAACGGAUACGACUGUGAAUGUGCAGAAGGCUUUACUGGCCUCCUUUGUGAAGAGAACAUCAACGACUGUGUGCCAGAGCCAUGUCAUCAUGGUGUGUGUAAGGAUGGCAUUGCCACCUUCUCCUGUGAGUGCUAUCCUGGCUAUACAGGGUCCAUCUGUAACAUCCAGUUCCAGGAGUGCCACAGCAACCCAUGCCAGAACCGAGGACGCUGCAUUGACCUGGUGAAUGCCUACCAGUGUAACUGUCCACCUGGCACUACAGGGGUGAACUGUGAAAUCAAUGAAGAUGAUUGUGCCAGCAACCCCUGUGAGUACGGAGAGUGCCAUGAUGGCAUCAAUGAGUACGUCUGUGUGUGCACCCCAGGAUACACAGGUGCUAAGUGUGAUGUGGAGAUUGAUGAGUGCAACUCAAACCCGUGUAUGAGUGGCGGAACCUGUGUGGACAAAGUCAACGGGUUCCAUUGCUUGUGCCCACCGAGCACCCAUGGGCCUCUGUGCCUCUCUGGGACUGACCACUGUGCUCCUCAGCCGUGCGUUCAUGGAGAAUGCAUCGAACAGCAGCAUGGGUACCAUUGUGAGUGUGAAGCUGGCUGGGUGGGAGAACACUGUGAACAGGAAAAGGAUGAGUGUCAGCCCAAUCCAUGCCAGAACGGUGGUACCUGUGUUGACAGACACAAUGGUUACACCUGUCAGUGCCAACCUGGAUUCAGAGGUGUGAAUUGUGAAAAGAAUAUUGAUGAAUGUGCAUCUGGACCAUGUCAGAACCAAGGCAUCUGUAUAGAUGGAAUUAACAGUUACACCUGCCAGUGUAUUCCACCGUACACAGGUAAACACUGUAAGGACGAGCUGGUUCCUUGCGCCUCUCAUCCAUGUGAGAGGGGAGGAGUGUGUCUUCCAACUGCAGACUACACAUCUUACACCUGUCGAUGUCUUGCUGGGUGGCAAGGUCCACGCUGCAGUGAAGAUGUAAAUGAAUGUAAAAUAAACCCUUGUAAAAACAAUGGCCACUGCAUAAACAGCCCUGGCAGUUACUCAUGCAAAUGUCAACCUGGAUACAGUGGACACAACUGUCAGAUUGACACUGAUGACUGCUCACCAAACCCUUGUCUGAAUGGUGGCUCUUGUGUGGAUGGUGUUGGGAGUUUCUCAUGCGAUUGCCGUCCAGGUUUUGAAGGGGAACGCUGUCAGACUGAAGUCGAUGAAUGUGCCAGUCAGCCCUGCCGGAACGGUGCCACCUGCCAGGACCACGUCAACAGCUUUGUGUGCAAGUGCCAACCAGGCUUUGAUGGCAUCUUGUGUGAACACAACAUCCUUGAAUGUACCGAUAGCUCCUGCUUGAACAAUGGGACGUGCAUUGAUGACAUUAACACCUUUUCAUGUCGUUGCCGCCCUGGCUUUUAUGGGACAUUCUGUGAGUAUGAACAGAAUGAGUGCGACUCUCAGCCUUGUAAGAAUGGAGGCACUUGUACUGAUGGCCUGGGUACCUACCGCUGCACCUGCCCUGUGGGAUACAAUGGACUGAACUGCCAGAACCUUGUAAACCUGUGCAGCCAGGUGCGCUGUCACAACGGUGGCUCCUGCUCUCAGACAACCAUCUCCUGGACCUGCCACUGUCAAAUGGGAUGGACUGGACUAUACUGUGAUGUGCCCAAUAUGUCCUGCCAGGACUUUGCAGCCAGACAGGGUUUGGAAGUGGAGAAUGUGUGUAAGAAUGCUGGACGGUGCGUGAAUGUAGGAAAUUCCCACCAGUGUCAGUGCCAACCUGGAUACACAGGCAGCUACUGUGAAGAGAUGGUCGAUGAAUGCAAGUCAAACCCUUGUCGCAACGGUGCUACUUGUGUGGACUAUCAGGGCACGUACGAGUGCAGAUGUAAGCCAGGCUACCAGGGGGUAAACUGUGAGUAUGAUGUUGACGAAUGUCACUCUGCACCCUGUCUCCACGGUGGAACCUGUAUCAACCUCAUCAACCGCUUUACCUGCGCCUGUCCACAUGGAACACACGGAGUCCAGUGUGAAGUCAAUGAGGAUGACUGUGCCCCCAAGCCUGGCUCCUCUGAGCCUCGCUGUCUGAAUGGGGGUCAGUGUGUGGAUGGUGUGGGCCGUUACACAUGCUCCUGCCCUCCAGGAUUUGUUGGAGAACACUGUGAAGGCGAUCUCAACGAAUGUCUUUCUAAACCUUGCCACACCCCUGGCAGCCUCGACUGUGUGCAGCUGGUCAAUGAUUAUCAGUGCCGCUGUCGCCUUGGAUACACGGGCCGACAUUGUGAAUCCAUGGUGGAUCUGUGUUUGUCUAAGCCAUGCCACAACGACGGUGUUUGUUCUAUGAACAUGAGCUCAGUACAUGGAUAUACUUGCUCCUGUGCUUCUGGUUUCACCGGAUUUAACUGUGGUGAAAUUGAAGGCUACAACUGUGCCAAGCUACAAUGCCAGAACGGCGGGCGCUGUGUAGAGCUAGCAGUUAACCACCUGUACUGCCAGUGCCAGCCAGGCUUCAGUGGGCCACACUGUGAAUUUGACCAGAGGUGUAAAUGGCCCUGCCAAAAUGGAGGAACAUGCAUCAUACACCAAUCCAACCCUUACCAGCAGAGCUGCCGCUGUCCAAUGCAUGUUUCCGGACGAUACUGUGAAAAGAAACUGUCCAGUGUACCACACAUCCCUGUGUGUCCCUAUCCACAGUGUAAGACGCAGUUGGGGGAUAAAGUUUGUGAUGAACAGUGCAAUAACCAUGAAUGUCAGUGGGAUGGAGGAGAUUGCUCCCUCAACUGGGAACGUCCUUGGAAUAACUGCACCGCCAGUAUUCCCUGCUGGGACCUCUUCAAGAAUGGAGAGUGUAAUAAAGAGUGUGACAACCCUGGGUGUCUCUUUGACAGCUUUGAGUGCUCAGAAAACCCACCGACCACCUGCAAAUAUGACAAAUACUGUGCAGAUCACUAUGGCAACGGUAUUUGUGACCAGAGUUGCUACACAGAGGCCUGUGGCUGGGAUGGACUGGACUGUUCUGGAGACACUCCACCCAAACUGGUGGAUGGCAUUCUGGUUAUUGUGGUUCGACUUCAGCCUGAGGAGCUGCUUGGGGACUUGAGGGGUUUCUUGCGCUCUCUUGGAGCACUCCUACACACCAACCUGAGGGUGAAGUUGGAUGACAAGCAGCAGCCUAUGGUAUACCCUUACCGUCGGCCAGAGGAGGAGCAGGGACGGCACAUUCAGAGGAGCAGAAGCAAGCGUGAGCUGCAGAGGGAAGUUAUUGGAUCUGUGGUGCACCUGGAAAUCGAUAACCGUGAAUGUUCCCAGAGGUCUGUGAACUGUUUCUCCAACAUUAAUGAGGCUGCAUCGUUCAUUGCAGCGGCACACAUCAAGGCUGAUCUGCAGUAUCCUCUAGAGUCUGUUAGAAGUGAACCUCCAGGUCCCAGUAAGCCAAUGUAUUUGAUGUAUCUGGUUGGGGUGGCAGUGGUUAUAAUUCUUCUCAUCCUGGUGCUGGGGAUGUUAGCAGCCAAGAGGAAAAAUAAACAUGGUGUCCUAUGGCUGCCUGAUGGUUUCAUGGCGAAAAAUGACAAGAGGAGAGAGCCUGUUGGACAGGAUGACUUUGACAUGAAGAAUUUCAAGACGCAGGAUGGAGCUUUGAUCAAUGGAAGUCAGAGUCAGAGGUGGCUGGACGAUGAAGUCCCACACAAGAAACCAAGAACUGAGGACAAACCUUUGCUGCCUUUGGCUAUGGAUGGAGGUGUUGACCGAAGAGAGUGGACCCCACAGCAUCACAAGGCUGCAGACAUCACUCUGACUCCCCCACAGGCCGACAUAGAUGUGGACUGUCUGGACGUUAAUGUCAAAGGCCCUGAUGGUUUCACCCCUCUGAUGUUGGCAUCUCUGCGUAAUGGAGGAGGCCCGGACUGCAGUCUGCAUGGAGAUGAAGAGGAGGAGAGCGGAGGAGACGAACCGGGGCCCAGUGUCAUUUCUGACCUGAUUGCUCAGGGUGCAUCGCUGAUGGCCCAGACCGACCGCACUGGAGAAACCGCACUUCACCUGGCUGCCCGCUACGCCAGGGCCGAUGCAGCAAAGAGGCUGCUGGAUGCCGGAGCUGACCCCAAUGCUCAUGACAACAUGGGCAGAACUCCACUGCAUGCUGCUGUAGCUGCUGAUGCUCAGGGAGUCUUCCAGAUCCUGAUCCGUAACCGUGCUACAGAACUUGAUGCCCGAAUGAAUGAUGGUACCACUCCACUGAUCCUGGCAGCCAGACUAGCCGUCGAGGGAAUGGUGGAAGAGCUGAUCCACUGCCAUGCAGACAUCAAUGCUGUAGAUGACCACGGUAAAUCUGCUCUACACUGGGCAGCUGCAGUAAAUAAUGUGGAAGCUACCCUUGUACUUUUGAAGAAUGGAGCCAAUAGGGACAUGCAGGACAAUAAGGAGGAGACGCCCUUGUUUCUUGCAGCCAGAGAAGGCAGCUUCGAGGCAGCUCAGGUUUUGCUUGAUCACUACUCCAAUCGUGACAUCACUGAUCACCUGGAUCGGUUGCCCCGUGAUACCGCUCAGGAACGCAUGCAUCAUGACAUUGUCCGCCUGCUGGACCAAUACAAUUUGGUUCACAGUCCUCAUAAUGGGCCGAACCACAUGGGCGGAGGAGGAAACUCUCUUGUCUGUGGGGCUAACGGAGCCGGUUUCAUCGGCAUGCGCCCUGGGCCACAGGGGAAGAAGAGCAGGAGGAGUGGAGGUGGAGCAAAGGUGGGAGGUGUCGGUGGAGGAGCUAAGGAUCUGAAAGACAUGAAGGUCAAGCGAAGAAAGAAGCCUGCAGGUGGAGAAGGGCCAGGUGUGGCUGGUGGAGUGGGAGGAGGAAGUGGAGGAGGUUCAGGAGGAGGAAGCACAAAUGGUGUGAAGGCAGCAGGAGGGCUUCCAGAGAGCUCUGUCACCAUGUCGCCAGUUGACUCCCUGGAAUCACCACACUCCUACACAGGUGAUGUGUCCGGCACCGUCUCCAGCACAGCAAACUCCCCGCCGCUCCUCAGCAGCCCCACCUCCAGACCGCUGCUGCCGCCCGUCAGCCACAUGCUGGGACAGCAGCAGGGCUGGGUUGGCAUGACCAAACACGGCUACAGCGGCCACAUGUUUGGCCUUGUACCGCACCAGAUGGGGGGAUCCCACCCCAGCAUGGGCCAACACCACAGCCAGGGGGCCAUGCUCACUCCCAUGAAUGUCACCAUGAGCAGGGAGCAGCUGCCUCCGAUCGUCACGUUCCAGAUGAUGGCGCCUGGAGGAGGCCAGGCCAUCCUGAAACAGCCUCAGCCGGGGCAGGUACAGGUUACACAGGCCCAAGGGCAGAACCAGCAGGGGCCAGGCCACCUCCACUGCACCCAGAGCAUCAUGUACCCGAUGCCUGAGCAGAUAAGCAUGGCACAUGGGCUCUCCCACUCCCUGCAGCAUCAGCACACGGUCAACCACGGAGGCCACGGGAUAGACGGUCACUCUCGGCCACUACCCUCCUAUCCACCCAUGCAGAGCCCUGUGGAUAAGUAUCCCACCCCACCCUCCCAGCAUAGUUACACCCCUGGUGGCUCAGAGGGCACCACCCCUGGGCACUCUGCCCACCCACCCAGUGAGCACCCAUAUCUCACCCCUUCCCCAGAGUCCCCUGACCCUUGGUCAUCCUCUUCGCCACACUCCAACUCAGACUGGUCUGACGUCACCACCAGCCCUACCCCUCUGGGGAACGCCCACCAUGCACUGCCGUCGUCACACCGCACACACAUUCCAGAACAGGUGCAGCUGCAGCCACAGUCGCAACAGAUGCAGCAGGCCUCACAACAGCCUCCAAUUGGAAACAUGCAGGUGUUUGCAUAGGCAGGCAAGAGGAAAGCUACAACAGACUGACUUUGGAGUUCUAUGUAGUUUAACUACAACACAUAGUAACUCAGAAGAGGCUUUUCUCACUCCUCAGAUUUAAUUCUUUGUACUUCAUUAUAAAAUCAGUCGACUCCCCUUUAAUGCUUUCUCUUUCUCCAUGCACUUAAGAAAAAUGUAUAUAGUUUCUAAAACGUGAGAGUAUUAUCAGCUAGAAAUCAAGUUCUCAACACCAAAAAAACAUGGUCUUGCAUCUCUGUCAAUUUCCAUGCAGUUUCUUUGAUCCCAGCAAAGCAUGUGUUGGCUGAAUUGAGACUUCCUCUUUGGCCUUUGGCAUCCAAAUGCAGACUGUUUAUUGAGGAAUCAUCAAGGACCUGCUGACCAGAUGGUCUUUAGCUGGUAUUGCAUCAGAAAAACUGACUGUUGAGAUGGACAGUGAAACAGAACUGAGGACUGUUUGUUUCAGAGGACAUUGUUAUUUCUUACUGCUCUAUGUUAUUCUUAUGUGAUGUUUAAUGUUUUAAACCUGCCAAUACUAACUCCUUGUUGAAACCAUUCACUCUACUGUGUUAAUAUGAUGGGUCAUGUUUAGUUGAUGUUUUUUUUUAUUCUGAAGACAGAGCUAGUCUUGCUGUUUUUUUAUAUUACUUGUGCAUUGUCUCAGCUUUUUAUCAUAAUUUGGUCAAUGAACAACUGUUUCGUGGUGUGAAAGAUAACUACCCUCAGAACAGCAACCCAUUACAGAUAAACGCACACAGAGACGUGCACUUCCAAAUAUCUUAUGGAUAGUUUUUUACAGUUGAUACCUUUUAGUGUUUUCCAUCAAACAUGAUCAGUCUGAAUGCACAAGACAAACAUUAGAUGCAGUUUUUACAUCUGUAAGUGCAGAGCUCAGCGUAUUUUAUUUUCAAAGCAUUUUCUGUUACAAAAAUACACGAGUUUCUGCUGAUUGAGUCAUUUGAUGCCACUAUAGUUCAUGUUUUAUGAGGAGAAUUAAUUCAGAAGCUUGACAAACUUUAUGCAAAACAUACAAUAGUGUUGUCACACUCUUUGUUAUUGUGUCAUCUGGUUUAGUUUGAUGAAAUGUACAAAGACUUACAGCUCAUUCUGCUUGUUUUUACUGAGCUUCAUUUGACAUGUUGAACUUUAAAAAGUCUGUUUUUAUAUGAAUACUGUUCGCACUUCUUACGUGAUUUUUGAAUGUUACAGAGGUGCACGUUUUUCUUUAUGAACUGCCUCUUUUUAUUAUUUUGUCUUCCAAAGUCAUAACCAAUUUUGCCUUUUGCUUAAUUACAAUCAGUGUCUGCACCUUUUAAAUUGUCAUGAUUCAUAAGCCAAGUCUGGAGUUGAGUAACGUUAAAAGUAUUUUCUAUCUUCAUUAGCUUUUUGUGACUGCUUUAUGAACAGACAAUCAUUCACUGUUUAUUUAAAAAACUUAAAAAGGAACAUCGGUGUCUGUAAGACCAAAUCACAUCUUUUUCUUUUUUCUUUUUUUUUUUUGGGCUAAAAUGGUACAUCAUAAUACCCAAUCAGCAUCCGAUGUUAAUCCUUGUUUGACAAAGUAUUGCAGUCUGUAAAAAGUCAAUCUGUAUGAACAAACCAAAAUGUCAUUGUUCUUUGAUUAUUUCCAGGUCCGGGCAACUGAAAUCCUUUUUUCUGUGUACCGAUGAUGUCCCUGCAGUUUCAUAAACAUGUACUGUACAUUGAGGUGUCAGUCCACAUCAUCACAUUUUUAUCAAGAAUUGUCAGUUACAUGCAUAUACAAGGUUACGUGUUCAUGUUCUGUAUAUAAAAUGUUUUUUUUAUGUUUAUUGUACUUCCCUUUGUUAACCAAAUAGCCAAUAAUAUACAUGUUAUAUGAAGUAGUUGCCAUGUUUGUAUGAGGUAGAAGAACUAAAACCGAUAAAAGAUGUCUGAAACAAACAACAGUGAUCAACCACACAUGCUUCCUGAAAUAAAGCUCAAUACUUCAUACAUUUA